AAAGUACAUCUAUCUGACAUUGAUCCAAAGAGGACCAGCAUCACUGUGAGUGGAUUAACACCAGCCCGCACCUACCAGUUUAGAGUGUGUGCCGUUAACCAAGUGGGCAAGGGCCAAUACAGCAGAGAAACCAGUCGAUUGAUGUUACCUGAAGAACCACCAAGUGCUCCACCAAAAAAUAUUGUGGCUAGUGGACGGACUAAUCAGUCUAUCAUGGUCCAGUGGCAGCCUCCUCCUGAAAGUGAGCAUAACGGGGUUCUCCAUGGAUAUAUCCUUCGAUACCGCCUGGCAGGCCUUCCGGGAGAGUACCAAUACAAGAACAUCACCAGUGCAGAGAUUAACUAUUGCUUGAUCCAAGACCUGAUCAUCUGGACUCAGUAUGAGAUUCAAGUAGCCUCAUACAAUGGAGCUGGCCUGGGAGCCUUCAGCCGAGCAGUCACUGAAUACACUUUGCAAGGAGUGCCUACUGCACCACCGCAGAAUGUCCAUGCAGAAGCUGUGAACUCGACCUCCAUUCAGUUCCUGUGGAACCCUCCUCCACAGCAGUUCAUCAAUGGGAUCAAUCAAGGAUACAAGCUCCUGGCCUGGCCCAUUGAAACGCCCAGCGCAUUGACCACAGUAACCAUCACCCCUGAUUUUCAUGGCGUUCACAGCGGCUACAUCACCAACUUGAAGAAAUUCACUGAAUACUACACAUCAAUCUUGUGCUUCACCACACCAGGAGACGGGCCACGGAGUCCGCCACUGCUGCUGAAAACUCAUGAAGACAGGCCAGGACCGGUGGGGCAUUUGAGUUUCACAGAGAUUCUGGACACUUCGCUCAAGGUCAGCUGGCAAGAACCGGUGGAGAAAAAUGGCAUCAUUACAGGCUACCAAAUCUCCUGGGAGGUAUACAGCAGGAAUGAAUCUCGUCUUGCUCGCACUCUCGCUAACACAACCCUCGAGUACAAAAUUACAGGCUUGUCAUCUCUCACCACCUACACGAUUGAGGUGGCAGCUAUGACUGCUAAAGGGACCGGCUCAGUCACUUCAUCUACCAUCUCAUCAGGUGUUCCCCCAGAGCUUCCUGGUGUGCCAUCCAAUUUAGUCAUCUCCAACAUCAGCCCUCGCUCCGCCACGCUUCAGUUCCGGCCUGGCUAUGAUGGAAAAACCUCAGUCUCCAAAUGGAUAGUAGAGGGACAGGUUGGUGUUAUAGGAGAGGAAGAGGAGUGGGUGACUCUCUGUGAAGUGGAGAAAGAGUCGGAUGCUCAGUCGUUGGAGAUCCCAAACCUCACACCUUACACACAUUACAGGUUCAGGAUGAGGCAGGUGAACAUUGUUGGGCAAAGCCCACUUAGUCAGCCAUCUCGCAUCAUCCAAACACUCCAGGCACCACCAGACGUUGCACCAGGGAGUGUGACUGUGCGCACAGCCAGUGAGACCAGCUUGUGGGUCCGCUGGGUGCCUCUCUCCGAUACUCAGUAUAAUGGGAACCCUGAGUCAGUGGGGUACAGGAUCAAAUACUGGCGUGCGGAUGUGCAGUCUCCCGUGCUCGUAAAGGUCAUCAGCAAUCGGCUGGAGCGGGAACACACGAUCGAGGAUCUGCAGGAGUGGACGGAAUAUGAGCUGCAGAUCCAAGCUUUCAAUGCCAUCGGGGCCGGACCCUGGAGUGAGGGGGUGCGAGGCUGCACACGGGAGUCAGUGCCUUCGGCUCCCCCAGAGAAUGUGUCAGCUGAAGCUGUGAGCUCCACUCAGAUCCUGCUGACGUGGGCAGCCGUGCCUGAAUCGGAGCAGAAUGGGCUCAUCCUUGGCUACAAGGUUUUGUUCCGGGCUAAAGACAUGGAGAGCAAAUUGAGCAGUCAGGUGGUGAGAAGAAACCACACCCUUUCCGUCCUUCUGGCUGGCCUGCGGAAAUAUGUGCUUUAUGAGAUUCAGGUGCUGGCCUUCACCCGCAUUGGCGACGGAGUCCCCAGCUCUCCUCCAGUCGUUGAGAGAACGAAAGACGAUGCCCCAGGCCCCCCCGUGAGGCUGGUCUUUCCUGAGGUGAGACUGACUUCUGUUCGCAUUGUUUGGCAACCACCUGAAGAGCCCAAUGGGAUUAUUCUUGGAUAUCAAAUUGCAUACCGCUUGGCAACCAGCAGCCCGAACAAGUUCACCACGGUGGAAGUUGGCUCCACAGUCAGACAGUUUAUGGCCACAGACCUCCUCCCUGAAUCAGCAUAUAUCUUCCGAGCAUCUGCCAAGACUCGUCAGGGCUGGGGUGAGCCUUUGGAAGCCACGGUCAUCACGACCGAAAAAAGAGAACGGCCAGAACCUCCCAGAGAACUGAAAGUGCCCCAGUCGGAAGUGGCAUCCCGGAGUUUACGACUCAACUGGCUUCCUGGAAGUGACGGUUCUUCUCCAAUCCGAUACUUCACGGUGCAAAUCAAGGAGCUACCAGAUGGUGACUGGCAGACAUAUUCCUCUUCCAUCAGCCAUGAAGCCACCUCCUGUUUGAUUGACAGACUGAAUCCGUUUACCUCCUACAAAUUACGUCUGAAAGCAACCAACGAUAUCGGAGACAGCGACUUUGGGGCAGAGACGGAAGCGGUGACAACUCUGCAAGAUGUUCCAGGUGAAGCACCAAACUCUGUGUCGGUGACCCCACACACGACAUCCUCCGUCCUUGUGCAAUGGCAGCCUCCGAAGGUUGAGAGCCUGAAUGGUCUCUUGUUGGGAUAUCGCAUUUAUUACCGGGAGUUAGAAUAUGAAACCUCAGGACUGGAGUCCAAGACAAUAAAAAACCCUUCAGCUUUACGAGCAGAGCUUACACAGUUGAAAAAAUACAAGAGAUACGAAGUGGUAAUGACAGCGUAUAACAUCGUUGGGGAGAGUCCUGCUAGUGCCCCUGUAGAAGUCUUUGUUGGCGAAGCGGCACCAGCAAUGCCCCCCCAGAACAUCCAGAUAAAUGCUCUUUCCGCAAGCCAGCUGGAAGUCACUUGGGAACCACCUCCUGUUGACAGUCAGAAUGGGAACAUACAAGGCUACAAGGUCUACUAUCGGGAGGUGGACAGCCAGAAUGAGACAGAAAAAGUGAAGGUCCUCUUCCUCCCAGAGACCAGCAUCCGCUUGAAGAAUCUGACCAGUUACACAAAAUACCUGGCCUGUAUCUCUGCUUUCAAUGCAGCCGGGGAUGGCCCCAAGAGCAGUCCUGGGCAAGGCCGGACACACCAAGCUGCCCCCAGUGCCCCCAGCUUCUUGGCCUUCUCGGAAAUCACAUCUUCAACACUCAAUGUUUCAUGGGGGGAGCCAGCUGCAGCCAAUGGAAUUCUGCAGGGAUAUCGGGUGAUCUAUGAGCCCUUGGCCCCAGUACAAGGGGUGAGCAAAGUGGUGACUGUUGACAUCAAGGGGAAUUGGCAGCACUGGCUGAAAAUCCGAGAUCUCACCAAGGGAAUUACGUAUUUGUUCCGCGCGCAGGCCAGGACCAUUGCCUACGGACCUGAGCUGCAAGCCAAUGUCACAGCAGGGCCAGCAGAGGGAUCUCCGGGAUCUCCUCAGCACAUUCUAGUUUCGAAAUCAACCUCUGGCCUGACUUUGUACUGGACGGAGGGAGUUUCGGGAAAUGCACCGACCACUGGCUACGUCAUAGAAACCAGACCUUCAGAUGAAGGACUGUGGGACCUGUUUGUAAAGGACGUCCCUCGCAGCGCCACCUCCUACACAGUCGGCCUGGACAAGCUGAAGCAAGGAGUGAGCUAUGAGUUCCGGGUGCUGGCAGUGAACCAGUUUGGUUAUGGAGAACCCAGCACUCCUUCUGUGGCCAUAUCAGCUCAGCUAGACUCUCCUUUCUAUGAAGAGUGGUGGUUUCUGCUCGUCAUGGCCCUUUGUAGUCUGAUCCUCAUUCUGCUUGUAGUAUUUGCUCUCAUCUUGCACAGCCAGAACAAGAAAUAUAAAAACUGCAACACAGAGCCAGGGCAGGGCUUUUGCCUGCGCUCAUUCUGUCGCCGUUUGUCCCCAGGAAAAAGUAUCUCCAAUGUGGAGGAAUCUGUCACCCUGGAUAAUGGGGGUUUUACAGCCCUGGAGCUCAAUAGCCGGCACCUCAAUGUCAAAAACGCUUUCUCAAAGAAGAACGGGACAAGAUCUCCUCCCCGCCCAAGCCCCGGAGGACUGCACUAUUCAGACGAGGACAUCUGUAACAAGUAUAAUGGAGCCGUGCUGACCGAAAGUGUGGCCCUGAGUGAGAAGCCCUUGGACGCUUCAGAGUCGGAGGCGACUGAUUCAGACUAUGAAGAUGAACUGCCAAAGCACUCCUUUGUGAACCACUACCUGAGCGACCCCACCUACUACAACUCAUGGAAAAGGCAGCAGAAAGGCACAAAGCAUCCGGCGCCAUACAGGUAUGAGGAGUGUGUAGCAGGCGAGGUGGAGCCUUACUUUCAGACUGUCAUCACGACACAGAGUUCAGGAGGGGUUUACACCCCGACCGGACAGCCUGCCCCAGGCUCACGGACUCCAGUGACAGGCUUCUCCUCCUUCGUCUGACGCCGAGAGGGAGGAGCAGCAGACGCGCCAUUCAAACAGCCUGCCAAGUUUGGAAUAGCUGCCACCAACCGAUCCGAUGACUGUCCGCGUGAUAGGUGCAGUGAACUGUGGGUAAAUUUCUCUUAUCAGGGUAGAAUGGAUGUAAAUGUGAAUGUCUCUAUUUUUUUCCCAAGACAAUCAACUCUUUAAUCACAUGGAGCCGAACUAGUUGGACUUGCUUUUGUUUUAUUUUUUCUAAAAAAAAGGGGAGAAAAACCUCACCCACAAACAAUCAAGAACUGACACUUCGAACCACUGGACCAUUGGUGGAAUAUGAUUUUAAGGAGCGUUUUCUUUCCAUUUUUUUUUAAGAAAAGAAAAAUGCUUUUGUAACACUGAUUCAGAAAGCAGCUUAUCAUUGGUUCCCCCUCUCCCUUUUUCCUUUCCCUCUCAAGCAAGGAGAUAUUUCCACACUUGUGGAUAGGUAGUGUUAUUGUACUGUAACUGAAGGUGAAAUUAUACAUUCUCCCCUUGCUCUAUCAAUCCUGGUCAGGCAGAAUAACACACUGUGUGUCGGUGGGGGAGACAUUAGGAACGGCUCCCUUACUGCACUUCCCUGACUGUCAUGUUUCUCCCCACGCCUGUGAGGUUCACUCGUGGUGGGUUUUGAUCGAACGACUAUAUCUGGCCUUUGUUCCUAUUCUGCUCCAGCUGAGCUUGUUGUGUUCCUUAAAAAAUCCCCCCUCUCUGGGGGUUCCUAUAAGACAAGUUGGUUCGAAAACUGUGUAGAUGCUGGUUUGGGUUGAAGCAGCUGUGGGAACAAUGUUGACAGUUUUGCUCUGAUUCCGCCUCCCUUUGUAGAUUGCAUGUGCCAAUGUCCAUUGUAAAUCCAAAAGAAACACACACAAACAACCAAGCCAGAAGAGGGCCUUUUGAACAAACGUGGGGGGGACGCACUGGUUGAACAGCUCUCAUUUGGUUUCAAAGGUGUCCAUCCAAGCAGAGAAAACCGGUCAACCCUCGCCCAGCCCUCUUCUGGCACACUGACAGGUUGCUGUUCUGCUGCUCUGUUUUUAAAAAAAGUACAUGUUGUUAACACUAGAAUUGUUUGAUUUUUUUAAAAAAUGUAUAUUUUUAAUGAUUUCUUUUUUUUUUAAUACAAA